AUGAAUUUUAUUCGUUUAUUCCAUCAAAAUAAAUCAUUUAUUUUACUAUUAUUUUUUAUUUAUGUUCUCUUUUGGUUAACCAUCAGUACUUGUAAACAAGUAACAAAUGUCCAUGAAAUUCAUCAAUCAAAUCGAUUAAAUUAUCGAUCGAACUCAACUUUUUAUUUUAUACUUAAUUAUUUAUUUCAAUUAAAAAUUAAUAUAAUUUUAAUCGAUCCACAUGUACUUAAUGAUGUUUUUAAUUAUCAAUUAUCAUUUGAUAAACCAGAACAACAAUUAAUUACUUUCGCUAUUACCAAUGAAACAGUUAAAAUAUUAUUUGAAUCACUUUUGCUUCAAGAUAUUAAUUUUUCAAUCAAAACAUCAAAAACUAUUUUACAUAAUGGAAAAACAUUCAUUAAUCAUAUAUUUAUUAAAUAUGAAACCAAAAUAGUUCAUUUAGCUGUUUUACAUAAAUAUAAUUCUUAUUAUCGUAUAUAUAGAAAUCAUCUUCAAUUAUCUAAAAAUAUACAAUUAUCGUAUGGUGACAAAGUACGUGCUGUAGAAUAUAUUGAAACUGAAUUACAUGAAUAUUUAUUUCAUUAUCCUCGAAAUAUUUCACAUUUCUUAUGGUUGUAUAAAACAUCUGAAUUUCUUUAUUGUAAUCGAACAUUAGCAGAUAAGAUGGAAAAUAAAUUUCAUUUAUAUCAAAAUUUUACUCAGUUAAAUAUGAUUAUUCAAUCUAUGAGACAUAUUGCUGAUGGAUUAGAUAAACUUGAAAAGCAUUACUGGCUUGCUGGAGGAACUUUAUUAGGUUGGUAUCGUCAUUGUGGUUUGAUACCAUUUACAAACGAUGCAGAUUUUGGUCUAUAUGCAGAAGAAUAUGAUGAAAGUAUACGAAAUUAUUUUCUUGGAAAUUCUAUUACACAUAUUUGGGCUGCAUUAGGACUUGUAAAUGAUUCUCUUGAAUUUCGUCUAUCUUCGGGAAAUUAUGUAUUUGAUCUAUUUUGGGCAUAUCGUGAUGGGAAUCAUCGUUGGUAUGGUUAUCAAGCACAAAGAUCAAAAUUUAGACGUAUUAUUCCAUUAUUAGACAAACUUUGUUCAUGUGAUUUAUUUGGUUACCGAUUUUCAAUUCCAUGUUCACCUAUUACUUAUUUUAAUAGCGAAUAUGGAAAAGAUAAAUGGGAAAUGCCAUCAGAAAAAAAUUAUACAUCAGCUAAUAUGAAAUAUCAUUCGAUGUGGAACGAUAUAUCAUGGAUGUAUGCUGUACGUUUAUAUACACGUGAAGGAAAACUUCGUUCGGAUGAAUUAGCAAUUAGUUGGGUAUCAAAACGUUUUAAUUAUUCCUAUUUAUCAGUCCCAUCAUUUCUUAAUGUUUUACCUAAUGAAACUGUAACACUUCCACCACUUAAAUUUGCACUUAAAAAUGCAUCAUCAAUAAAGAAUACAAGUUUACAACAUAAAUCUGGAUUAACGGCAAGAAAAAGACGUUAA